CUUUCGAUCAGUUCAGAAGAUUUUGAUUUCAAUAAAGGAAAUAUAUAUUGCUUCAAAAAUGAAAUUUUUCAUCAUUUUUGGGAUUUUAAUUGCAAUUGAAAAAGCUCGAUCGCAAUUCGACGACUAUUAUGAUGAUUAUACAACUAACCGUCAUCACUACAAGAGGAUAAUGCCAACUGUAAAUUACCAUGAAGAAACAACUGAAAACUCAGAUGUUGAAACAACAACUCCAUAUAAUGAAGAAGCAGAGAGAAGAAAAAAAGAAGUUCUCCCCCUACCAUUUGGUGAUUGUGACGAAACAAAAAAUCUUAUUUCAUUAAAUUUAUCAUACACCGGAAUGACAAAAAUUAAUAGCGAAUUUAUAAAAAAUACACAAGUAAGUUGUUUAAAUUUUUCCAAAAAUAACAUCAAUUUUAUCGCUGAAACAUUUCUCGAGAAUUUGCCAAAUUUAACCGUUCUGAAUCUUGGACACAAUGAAAUAAAUUUAGAAAAUCUAAAUCUUAAUUCAAAUUCAAAAAAUCUUCAAUUAAAGACACUUAUUCUUGACAAUAAUCCAGUAAGUGACGAAACAAAAUUAAUUUUCAAUGGUUGUUUUAAUAAUUUGGAAAUUCUGUCAAUUCGACAAACAAAAUUAAAUGCUCUAUCAAGCACAUGUGAUUUGGAAAAUUUAAGAUAUUUAUACCUCUCUUACAAUUAUAUUCGUACUGAAGCUGAUAUUUUUCAUAGUGAAAAUUAUUUUAAACUCUCGCAUCUCUAUGUUGAUAACAAUAUAAUUUCAACUUUCAAUGGUACACAAUUUUCCAAUCUCGAAUUUCUACAAUUAGACAACAAUUUAAUUGAAAUUUUGUGCAAUAGACAUUGUAGUGGUAUAAGUAAUGGUUUAUCUUUAGGUAAAAUGACAAAUUUGAGACAUCUCUCUUUAGCUGAUAAUAGAAUAACAAAUGUUCAUUCAGAUACAUUUUUCGAUACAAUUUACCUCGAAACUCUUGAUCUUUCAAAAAAUUAUAUUUCCAAAAUUGCCAAUGAUACAUUCGAAAGACUCAAGUUUCUUACAGUUUUAAUGCUCAAUUCCAAUCGUCUAACGAUUUUACCCAAUUUUUAUGAAUGUUCAAAAAUUGAAAUUUUAAAUUUCAGCGCUAAUUGGCUUGAAAAUAUUAACAGUAAACAAUUUUUCAAUUUACGAUCAUUAAAAAGUUUAUCAUUAAACAAUAAUAAAAUAAAGAACAUAGAAAAAUUCGCAUUUACAAAUCUAACAUCAUUAAAUGAACUCGAUUUAUCAAACAAUAAACUUGAAAGUCUACCGGAAAAUUGGAUCACGCCGCAAAAUGUACUCAGAAUUUUGAAUGUAAGCGAAAAUUAUUUUACAAAUUUCAAUCAAUUGAAUCUUAAUAAUGCGUCAAAUUUGGAAAAAAUAUUUCUUCGCGAGAAUGCAAUAGAGAAUUUAAAUAUUAUGUCAUUUGUACAUAUUGCGAAAAAUGCAACUCUGUAUAUUGAGAAUCAAUCGAAAAGUCGAUUGUAAGAAAACAAAUUGAAAAAAAUGGAAAUGAAAACAAAAUAUUUUUUCUUUAACAAAACAAUUAAUUUUAAACAAAAUAAUUUUUUAACAAUAACUCAAUGUAUUGUCAUUUAUGUUAAUUCACGUAUUGAUUAAGAUAAAAAAAUAAAUUUCAAAUGAAGAAUGUAUGUUAAUUUAAACCGUCGAACUUUAAAGAUGAGAAUUCAGUAAAUUUUUAACUA